AUGGCCUCUUUGGAUUUGGGUGAUACAAAUUUGAAAAAUGCAGACUUACAAAUCAGUCCGAAAUCCAAUUUGAGUGACUUGCCCUCCGAUUCUAUUCUGGAUGGACCGACUUCCCUAAGCACUCAGUUAAACGCCUAUGUGGAAGCGAUGCGCAGCUACGCUGCUGAACUGUGUCCUGUGGACUGCGUUAUUAUGUUGGAACGUUGCCGUCCAUUCAAUUGUGAUACCUCCUUCAUGAAGCAUUUUCGUGAGCAAUACUUAUGUCCGAUAUUAAGUAAUCUCAACGGUGGACCUCCACUGAACGCAGACUUUGGCCGCGAUGCGUACACUUCACUCUAUUCUUUGCACGGGUUCUACUGGCGCAAACCACUUGAUUUCGUGACCUGGGUCCCAGACACUCCCAUCAUUUAUCGCAUAUUAAAACAAUCCACCACCCUGCAACACGAGGAACGUCACGCCAGUGAUCGUACUGAAUCUGUGCAAGGUACACCUGGUCACGAACUAGUGCAGGCUGCGGUGCAUGCCUUCGAUGCAAUCGAUCGAGUUCGACGUGGCCUAUGCCGUCAGGUUCAGCGCCAUUUAAUCAUUCUUGCCGUAUCGCCCAUCAAUUUGGAUAAACUCUUACAAUCCGAAUCAACCGAUGCACCGCCGCAUGUGAACGGUACCGAUCACGAUUCCACCGUCGGGUCAAAGCUCACCGGGCCUUUAGAGAAUCUCCGUCAGCGCGGGGUAGCACUCAGUGCGUUCUCACCUGUUCGAUCGCCAAGCCUGUUAAAGCUGUACGAGUUGGUCAAUGGGGCCCCAGCAUCCACCUUUUACGAUCGUCGAUGGCAAACGGUCGCCUUAUCCAGUAAGUUGAACCUGCGAUCCUCUUCUCCGUUGAGUGUUGAGUGUUUUUUGUGUUAUCCGAUCAAUGUAAUACCUUAUAUGCUUAAGGUUUUCAAACACACUCACAUAUAUAUAUAUAUAUAUACAUAUAUAUAUAUAUAA